GAAGCCGUGCCUGACAUGGAAGUGCAGACAUACCUUUGUACGUACGGGCGUUUGGCCGAAGUCGAUCCCCCGCAAGUAUCCACUGAUACGCCAAUGCUUCUAGAAAGUCCGGUUGUACAUAUCCUUGAAUAGAUAUCAUAGCGUCAUUUUUGAGCAAAGGCCCUUCAUCCCCAACGACAUACACAAUGGGACUAUCUCUUAACGGCGUCCUCUUCAUCACUGGUGCGGGUGGCUCCAUAGGCACAGCCAUUCUCCUCCAAUUUGCCCGCGAUGGGUGUACCAAGAUCUCCGCCGUCGACAUCUCCGCCGCCGCCCUUGCAUCCACGGCUACCGCCCUAGCCACCCAGUUCCCAGACGUCGAGCUGCUUCAAAACACAGGCGACAUCACCAACGAAGCUGACAUUGACCGCAUCUUCGCCAGCACCGUCAAAAGGUUCGGCCGGAUCGACUACGCGGUCAACAAUGCUGGCGUGGGCGCUCAACUGAGACCGACGACUGAAGUGCCUUCCUCGGACUAUGACCGCGUGCUCAAUAUCAAUUUGAAAGGGACAUGGCUGUGCGAGAAGGCGGAGUUAAAGAUCAUGGAGGCGCAAGAGCCGCUAGUGAGCGUGGAUGCUGUGUACGUUUUCCGCGGUCUCCACAAUUGCAGCACCCCCGGACUAGAGUUCAGCACUGACUAUUCUUUCCACAGCGUCGGUAGAAUACCCAGUCGAGGCUCGAUCGUAAACAUAGACUCGGUACUGGGCAUGCUUGUCGUUCCCGGAAACGCGAUUUACGCAAUGUCGAAGCAUGGACUUCUCGGCCUGACACGAACGGACGCUCUGGACUUUGCGAAGAAAGGUGUUCGCGUGAACGCGGUGUGUCCAGGCUUCGUCGACACCCCGCUCGUGACCGACGCCGUCAAGAAGGUGCUCAAGCCGAACAUCGACAAGACGCCCAUGGGGAGGCUGGCCCAUGUCCAGGAGAUCGCUGAUGGGGUUGCGUUCUUGGCGAGUGAGCGGGCUAGCUACAUCACGGGGACCGCGUUGACGGUGAGUGGGCCCGAAGCCGAUUGCGUAAUAGAUGACUGCUAAUUGGUGUAGGUUGACGGGGGAUACACUCUUCACUGAUGAUACAAUCUGGAGAAUGAAGCUGGGAGAAGAGGCAAUGAUUAAGUCCAGGGGGAAAUAAAGGUGAAAGAAAUGGGUAUCGGAUUUGAAG